UGUAACUUGGCGCCUUUUUGUGUUGACUACAAGCAUUCCUUAGCUCUCAUAUUAUUGUGAAAUAAAUAACUAAAUAUGUUGAAAAAUAAGACACUGAAGAGCUCAAAGCUCUACGUUAUUAAAAGAGAUGGCAGGCAGGAGGAAGUACACUUUGAUAAAAUAACCUCUCGAAUUCAAAAGCUUUGUUAUAACUUAAAUAUGGAUUUUGUUGAUCCCGUUACCAUUACAUUACAAGUUAUUAAUGGUCUUUACUGCGGAGUGACCACGCAGGAGCUGGACAACUUGGCCGCUGAAAUCUCGGCUGGAUUGACCUGUAAUCACGCUGACUAUGCCAUCUUGGCAGCUCGUAUUGCAGUCUCCAAUUUGCACAAGGAAACCAGAAAGGUCUUCUCUGAUGUGUUUGAGGCUCUUUAUACCAAUGUCAAUAAAGAGACUAAUCUCAGAGCACCUUUGGUGUCGGAAUUCCACUACAACGUGGUGAAAAAGAAUGCCGAUCGCCUGAACUCGUCUAUAAUUUAUGAUCGUGACUUUGGUUACAACUACUUUGGAUUCAAGACUCUGGAGCGUUCGUACCUCCUUAAAAUCAAUGGUAAAAUCGCCGAGCGACCCCAGCACAUGCUUAUGCGCGUGGCAAUCGGAAUCCAUGGAGAAGACAUCGAUGCUGCCGUGGAGACGUACAACUUGCUUUCGGAGCGUUAUUUCACGCACGCUUCGCCAACGCUAUUUGCCGCUGCCACAAAUCGUCCCCAGCUAUCGUCUUGUUUUCUCCUGACCAUGACUUCCGACUCGAUUGAGGGUAUCUUCAAGUCAGUUGAGCAAUGCGCCAUGAUCUCCAAGUCUGCGGGUGGUAUUGGUCUUAAUGUCCAUUGUAUUCGUGCAAAGGGUACUUCCAUUUGCGGAACCAACGGCACUUCCAAUGGUCUGGUUCCUAUGCUGAGAGUCUUUAACAACGUGGCACGAUAUGUGGAUCAGGGUGGUGGCAAGCGGCCGGGAGCCUUUGCCAUUUAUCUAGAGCCCUGGCAUUCGGAUGUUUUUGAGUUUCUGGACCUUAAGAAGAAUACUGGCAAGGAAGAGCAUCGAGCCCGUGAUUUGUUCUAUGCCCUGUGGAUACCAGAUCUCUUCAUGAAACGAGUGGAGGCCAAUGAGGACUGGUCGCUUUUCUGUCCCCACAAAUGCCCUGGACUUCAUGAUGUGUGGGGCGAUGAGUUUGAAAAGCUAUAUGUGAAAUACGAACAGGAGGGACGCGCAAACCGAACUGUAAAAGCACAGUCCUUGUGGUUCGCCAUCAUUGAGUCGCAAGUGGAGACUGGCAAUCCUUACAUGCUGUUCAAGGACUCGUGCAACCGAAAGAGCAACCAACAGAACGUGGGCACCAUUAAAUGCAGUAAUCUGUGCACGGAAAUUGUCGAGUACUCUUCGCCCGACGAGAUUGCAGUUUGCAAUUUGGCAUCGAUCGCUCUCAAUAUGUUUGUGACGCCAGAGAAGACGUAUGACUUCAAAAAACUGAAGGAGGUCACCAAGACCGUGGCCAGAAACCUCAAUAAGAUAAUAGAUAUAAACUUUUAUCCACUGCCGGAGGCCAAGAAGUCCAAUUUAAGGCAUCGUCCUAUUGGCAUCGGCGUUCAGGGUCUGGCUGACGCGCUGAUUCUUAUGCGUUAUCCCUACGAAAGCGAGGAGGCCAGCCUCUUGAACCAACAGAUCUUUGAAACCAUUUACUUUGGAGCCCUGGAAGCCAGUUGCGAACUGGCCCAAAGGGACGGCACCUAUGAAACUUAUGAAGGAAGUCCGGUCAGUAAGGGAAUUCUGCAGUACGACAUGUGGGAUAAAACGCCGACAGAUCUUUGGGACUGGAAAGGUCUGAAGGAGUCCAUCAAAAAACAUGGAGUUAGAAACUCCCUUUUGGUGGCUCCGAUGCCCACAGCAUCGACUGCUCAAAUUAUGGGUAAUAACGAAUCCUUCGAGCCCUAUACAACAAAUAUUUAUACAAGACGCGUACUCUCUGGCGAGUUCCAAGUGGUCAACCAUCAUUUGCUGAGGGAUUUGACGGAGCUGGAUUUGUGGGACGAUGACAUGAAGAAUCAGAUCAUAUCCAGCAGGGGAUCCAUUCAAAAUAUUGAAUCAAUUCCCCAAAAGGUCCGAGACCUUUACAAAACAGUUUGGGAAAUCUCAGUUAAAUCAACAAUUAAAAUGGCCGCAGAUCGCGGUGCGUUUAUAGAUCAGAGCCAAUCCUUCAAUAUCCAUGUGGCAGAGCCAAACUAUGGAAAGCUCACAUCCAUACAUUUCUACUCCUGGAAAGCUGGUCUUAAAACCGGAAUGUACUACUUGCGCACAAAGCCAGCUGCCAACGCCAUUCAGUUUACCGUCGACAAGAAAAUGAGUGGUCUCAAGAUAAACGGCCAGAAUGGCAUCAAGGAGGAAAGCGUUCAGGACUAUGAAUCUGAAAGGGAAAAGAAAAUGGCGGAUAUGGUGUGCUCACUAGAAAAUAAGGAUGCAUGCAUGUCCUGCGGCUCUUAAAAACUUAAACCUAAGGUAAACUACUAUUUUAUUAUAUUAUGUAUUCAAUUUGAAAUAAAUAUAAAUUAUGGAUUCAAAU